AUGCGUUCCACAACCUUCGUCUCUGCUUGUGCAGCUCUUGCUAUUGCAGCUCCGCGUCCUCAAGAUAUCCAAUUUGACCUCGUCGACAGCGCAUCAGAUCCUGAAAUUGUUACUCCACCCACAGAUAUCGUAGUCGAUAUUGUUGCCGACCUCCCAGCAGCAUUUGCUGUGCAAGUUGCCAAUGCUACUGUAACUGAUGUCGCCCAAGCCAAACCGAAAGUAAGGCGUAGAUUGCAACAACGCGAUGGCGACUGCAGUCCAGAGCCUGCUGGCACUGGCACCCACGUGUUGAGUCCCGACGACUCACCAGAGUCCUUUCUGGCCCACCAACCUUUCAAAGACGAUGCUGUCAAUGCCGCAACUGAAGCCAAUGUACCUCAAGGUUACAGCCUGGCUUUCUCGAACCUCGAGGCUUCCAGCCAGACAGUAUCCUAUCUUGGAUUAAGAACACAGGAUAAGUAUGAUCCCAUUGCUUGCGCCAGCUACUGUGAUCAGCACUUGGGAUGUUUUGCCUUCAACCUCUACUAUGAGCGCGACCCAUCAGUCAGCCCCAACGCCGCGAAUUGUCCAAAUCCAACAUCUUUGACCAAUAUCAAGUGCGUUCGAUGGGGUGUACAAGUCACUGAGGUCACAGCAACAAAUGAUGAGCAGCGAAGAAAUGAUUUCCACGUGGUGAUCUCUGGCUCAAAUGGCUACAAUAAGAACGCUCCACCUGCUUCACAGCCAGGAUUCAAUGGUCCUGUGAAGCUUGGAGGUGCUAUCAGCGCCCCGAGCGACCCGAUUACCAACAUGAACACUUACAUGGGUUACAAGUUUUUCUCUUUCGAUCAAGUCCAAUCAUUCCCGAAUGGAGUCGCAGCCUGUACCGCCGCCUGUACAGCUCAAACUGCUUACAACUCUCGCCAUCCUCCCAAAGCUCCUGCCAAGCCUAGUGUAUGCAAUCAAGCUGUCGUCUACGUUCUGAGCCAGAACAAUCGGCCUCAAGGAAUCUAUUGCUCCAUGUACUCCGAGGAGUGGGCGCCCAACUAUGCCACCAACUAUGGGCAGUAUAGAGGAAGUGACUACUGGAGUGUCAGCUCAGCUUACGCCUAUACCAACAGUACCUAUGCAACAUCGUAUGGGCCGAUUUGUGCAAUUGGAGGAUGCCCAUCUGAAUCCUUCCAGGGCGGCAAUUGCGGAGGAUACGGAGCCGGCACUUGCCAGAGUAUACAGCCUUGA